AUGGCUGCAGACAACUUCCCUGCUCUGCCGGGUUUCUACCGCAUCUUCUUCCUCUACAUGGAACCUGUGUCAACCAUCGCGCCUGCACUUAUGGUGUGGGGAUUCCCCGGCCCAUCCUGGUUCUACCAUCAGCUCAUACCGUCAGAUGAAGCUGUUCCAUCCACACCACUGGAGCCACGAACGCUCAUGACCAUUUAUCAAUUGAUUAACUGCUACUUGCUCUUGGGCCUCAUAUCGUCCUUCGUCUUCCGCGCAAUCAGGGAUGUACUGCCCAACAAUCCUGUUGCGCAAGAGCGUAUCCUAGGAGCUGCCUUCUUGGCCCUCGGAAUUGCAGAUUUAACCCACAUUGCCGCCAGUUGGGCCGGCCUCCCUUCAAACCUGAAGUAUGCACCUCUGCUCUGGAACAGCCUUACGCACGGCAACAUAACAAUUGUCAUUGCCCUGUUCCUCUUCAGAGUUGCUUGGUACAAAGGCAUAGGUCGUACGCGAUACUACUUUGGCCAACCUGAAACACACGUCAAGUCUUCGUAG